AUGUCGACCCUACGCCUACGGGUUUUGGUAUUGGCCCACCACCACCACCACCACCACCACCACGGCACCUGGCGGAUAGUGCGUGUCGAUACGCUGCAACUCAGCAAUGCUGCCAGCGCCAUUCAAUCCAGUCCGCCAGCCGGCACUCGCUGCAUCACAACACCACCGCACUCCGGCAGCACGCUGGCUUCACCGCGAACGCCGGCCGAGAUGGGCUUCAUAUCAUUGUUUACGAAGGGUCCGAAGAAAGGGACGGAGCUCAAUGCCACAUGUCCGCGAUGCGAAACGGCCGUCGAGCUGGCGCCUCCAUUCCCUGAGCAAUCUUUGCCUGGCUCGAGGGCUCCGACAGCACCUCGGAUCGUGAGUCCGUCAUACCCAUCGAAGCGUGCCUCCCAGCUCGCGAGUGGGCUUGCGGACGACAGCUCGGAUCGUGACGACAAGUCAGAACAACAAGACUCCUUCAGAAGGCCCAAAGGCGUCAGACUCACCAAAGUCCUUUCUAUGAACCCUAAACUGUCUCUGGAAGAACGUCGUGACCGUCACCAUACCAUCCCAAAACCAGUCUCUGGUCUGGCUCCUCUCGGAACUCCUGACGGAAGGACAGGAGAGCCACCUCCUGGCCCCAGACUCAGAGAUCUUUCAAACUUCCCAUACCUUCGGAAACAGGCACAAGCGACGACAGCGCGACGAGAGCGAACAUGGGCCGACAUUGAGAAGCAAGCUUCCGAACUCGGCAAGAAAGCCGAAAACCAUGCGUUUUCCCUGGAUGGAGGCCAAGAUCAGAUUGAAGGGAUCCAAAGCCUGUGUGACGACUUCAAUGAUGUCUACGACUACUUUGGGUCUUUGAUCGCAGAGCUGGACGAUAUGAUCGAUCAGCAUGGAGUGUCGACCCGGCAAUCCAGCAAUGGCAAAUCCUUUCAAAAGCCCCAUCCCAGCCCGGAAUUCCCCGACCUCAACGAACCAUCUCCAUUGGAAUCUUGA